AUGGCCGCUGUCAUGACACAAACCCAGUGCGCCGCUUCAGACGGCGCGAGAUCCCCGGGGUCACUGCUGAAGCUGGGCUCACCACCUGGCGACGUCGAUUCGAUCGGAUCACCAGCGCUGCAAAAUGGUGCCGCCGGGGUCUUUGACAUCGCACCCGAGACAGCGCUACUCCUGCUCUGCAACAAUAUCGAAAAACUGGUUGCGCAUUUCGCGAAAGUGCCUGCUUCCUCUCACCCCAACUCUAAUGGCUCUACCCCGAUGGAAUCUCAGACCCCGACGGAAGAAGAACCGCCGAUACGGAGCGUGGGACUGCACUGCGGAGAUGCAGAGGAUGCAGGCGGCGACCGCAGCAAAGAAGAUACAUUUCAGCUCAGGGUACUGUCUCGGAAAUUCCUCUCGAAGAAGAUUCCCCCGAUUGCGCUGAAGGAUUACCUGCAGCGCCUACACCAAUACUGCCCCAUGUCCACCGCCGUGCUUCUCGCUGCGAGCGUCUACAUAACUAGGAUGGCCCUGGUGGAGAAAGUCGUCCGCCCGACGCCGAAGAAUAUCCACCGGCUUGUGCUUGCGGGUGUUCUGGUGGCAACCAAGGCUCUAGAAGACCUCAGCUUUUCGCACAAUCGCGUUUCUAAAGUCGGCGGGGUAUCUGAGCAGGAGCUCUCCAAGCUCGAGAUAAGCUUCUGCUUCUUGGCGGAUUUUGACCUGCGCGUGGAUGCGCAGAUGUUGAUGGAUGAAGCGACGAUGCACUGCACGGGGAAUUUACAGCUAUCUGAACCCUUGGAGGACAAGAGUGGUUGA